AUGAUGUUCAAACUUUCACUUGCUUCGAUAUUCUGGCUCGCCACUUUGGCGUCCGCCGCUAGAAGCCCCGACCCGGUCCCCGACAGUAUUGGGCGGCGCGCAGUCACACUCACAACUGUGGUGACAUCGACCACCAGCACGGUGACGGCGAAUCCUUCCGACCCGACCGUUUGGACGGUCACGUCCGUUAUAACGGUCACUGAGAUGCGCACCGACGUCCCACUUACCACGAGGCAUUCGUUGACAGUCGAGACGGUGACAAUGACGACCGACCUGACAGAGCACGCCACCCAGUGCACAAACACGGCGGUGUUGUCUUUUUACGUCGGAACUAUUUACACCUCAACACAAAUCUCAGCCGGCACAACUACCAGGGCCACCCAGACCCAGGUCUGCAUGACUUCCACCACCCGGUGGUUACCGCUGCCCAACGUGACGUUCGUGCCACCGUAUACGACUCCCUACUGGGAUCCCGAUUACUACACCAACGGAAGCAUUAUCACCGUCGCGGAGCCCCUCACCCGGACCAGUGUCGUCACGACCAGCACGGAUGUGGUGACCUCGAUCUCGAUAAUUUGCGAUAACCCGACCACGGUUGUAACAUCCACCUACUUCACCGUCACCAGCACGGAACAGACCACGACAGUCCAACCCACCGGCUGCGGCAGCAGUUCCGAAUCCCCAACGGCACCAGCCGACACACCAACACCAACCGACACACCUGCGGCAUCACCGGCACUGCGACGGAAACAUGACGUAUUGAGGGACGUGCAAGCUGGCGGAGAGAUCCGCAGGCAGGUUGAGGAGCCGGUGGGCACCAAAACGGUGACAUUUAUCACGACGGGGGUGCUAAGCGACGGGGCCACGGUGACAGUUACUCGGACAGGGAUUGUUGAGACCUACACCCGGACAGUUACCACCAUCGUUAUGGUUGGCAAGACCAUCACGGCGACGGCUACCCAAUCGCUUUCCGAGUGUUCCUCGCCUGCAGCGGUAACGAGUGGUUGA